GGUAGUCGUCAUCGUGUCAAGGAGAUACAGGAAAUGAAUAGGAAACAGGGCCCUAAUUCGAUGUAAGCAGACAUUUACAGUGUAACAACACCAGUGAUAUUGUUCACGUUUAAAUGGAGGACUAAUGUUGACUCUCGGAAUCCAUGGAGGCCCAUGAAGAAAAGCCAAUAAUCUACACUAUGGAAAACAAGCCGAUAGUGACAUGUGCUGGCGACCAGAGCCUGUUCACUUCCCUUUACACCUCUCUGGCACAGCAGCUACCAAAGGAGCCAAUGGAGUGGAGGAGGUCCUAUGGGCGUGCACCAAAGAUGAUUCACCUCGAGGCCAAUUUUGUUCAGUUCAAAGAGGAGCUGCUUCCCAAGGAUGGAAACAAAGCCUUGCUCACCUUCCCCUUUCUGCAUAUAUAUUGGACAGACUGUUGUGACACGGAGGUGUACAAGGCAUCAGUGAAAGAGGACAUGCAGCGAUGGCAGAACAUCCUGCGGCUGCACAGCUCUGUGGACUGGCUCAUCGUGGUGGUGGAGAGCGACGCCAAGAAGAAGAACAAGACCAACAUCCUGCCGCGCACCUCCAUCGUGGACAAGAUCCGCAACGACUUCUGCAACAAGCAGAGCGACAGGUGUGUGGUACUGUCGGACCCACUGAAGGAGUCUUCGCGGUCCCAGGAGUCGUGGAGCUCCUUCCUGACCAAGCUCCGCACCCUGCUGUUGAUGUCCUUCACGAAGAACCUGGGCCGCUUCGAGGACGACAUGCGCACGCUCCGCGAGAAGCGCACCGAGCCCGGCUGGAGCUUCUGCGACUACUUCAUGGUUCAGGAGGAGUUGGCCUUUGUUUUUGAGAUGCUGCAGCAGUUUGAGGACGCCCUGGUCCAGUACGACGAGCUGGACGCUCUCUUCACUCAAUAUGUCCUCAACUUCGGGGCAGGAGACGGAGCCAACUGGCUGGGCUCGUUCUGUGCCCCAGUCCGCAGCUGGAACGGGCUGCUCUUGCGGCGGCCCAUCGACAUGGAGAAGCGCGAGCUAAUCCAGCGCGGCGAGGCCAGCCUGCUGGACCUCCGCAGCUACCUGUUCUCUCGCCAGUGCACGUUGCUUAUAUUCCUCCAGAGGCCCUGGGAGGUCACCCUGCGAGCACUGGAACUCCUGCACAACUGCGUCCAGGAGCUGCGCCUGCUGGAGGUGUCCGUGGUGCCGGGGGCGUUGGACUGCUGGGUGUUCCUCAGCUGUUUGGAGGUCCUGCACCGGAUCGAGGGCUGCUGCGACCGUUCCCAGCUAGAGGCCAACUGCUCCCAUACUGUCGGCCUGUGGACCUACGCCACAGAGAAGCUCAAGUCUCUGGGUUACCUGUGCGGCCUGGUGGCAGAGAACGGGCCCACCUCAGAGGACCUGAACCGCACUGUGGACCUGUUGGCUGGCCUGGGGACCGAGAGACCAGAAACAGUUAACAGCAUGCAAAGCCCUUACAAGAAACUCAAGGAGGCCUUAUCGUCCGUGGAGGCGUUUGAAAAACACUAUCUGGAACUAUCUCAUGCUGCUGUGGAGAUGUACAGAGCCAUUGGCAGGAUGCGCUCUGCCCGGCUUGUUGGGAAGAGUCUGGCCGAGUUUUACAUGAGGAAAGGUGACCCGGAGAGAGCCGAGGGCUUCCUGGAGGAGUCUCUGAGGUUGUACGUAGCGGAGGGGUGGAGCCUGCAGGUGACACACACCAGGAAACAGAUGGCCGAGUGUCAGAAGCUCCUGCGACAGACGGACGACUACCUGCAGACCAGUGCCCUGCUGGCGGGCGAUGCCAACCUGAACCAGGAGGAGAGGACGCACUUCUGCCAGGAGAUCCUUUCCUUCGCUAGCCAGCCCCCGGGACCAUCCGACCAGACUGUGGCUCUGAGCAUGGCGGCGUUCGCCCAGCUGCGCCAGCUUCAGUUCAGCCCACCUGGUGCCGUGGUGCACGUGGGCGCCGCUCUGCAGCUGGAGCUGCGCGUCCGCUGCCUGAUGCCGGUGGCCGUGCACGUGGGGCAGCUGGCCGCCACCCUGCACUUCAGCCUGGAGCAGGGCGGGGCGAGGGGCCGGGCGGGCAGCUCCCAGAGGAGGCCGGGCCAGGGGCCACAAGGCCAGGGGGACGGGGUGGUGCUGUUCCCGCAGGGGAGCCCCCUUUCCGGGGCCGGCUGCUCGCUCACCCCGGCCCUGGAGCUCUACGAGAUGCAGGACCGCAGCCCGUCCGAUAGCUCGCUCAACUCGGCGGGGGUGGUGUGCAAGAAUGUGCACCUGCUGCUGCGACGCCACGACAGCAACGCCUCGCUGGACACCCCCACCGCUGGGGUGCUCCCAGCGGCGGUCGCCGUGGACGACGGGGCCCAGAUGCUGAGGGCUCGCGACGUGACCCUUCAGCCCGGCGACAACAGCAUCCUGUUCACAGCUCCGACGGGAGAGCCUGGAUCGUACACGUUGCGUCAGUUGUGCGGCAGCGUGGGGAGGGUCCAGUUUGUUCAGUCUCACAUCUACCCUGUGGUGCAGUACGAAGUCUACUCCCAGGAGCCCCAGCUGACCAUUGAGCCUCUCUCAGACAACCUGUUGGCAGGGAUCCCCCAGAGGGUGAAGUUCACCAUAGCCACUGGCCACUACAGCAUCAAGAAGGGCGACGCUUUGCAGCUCAGCAACACAGACUCCAUGCCCAUCCUCCAUUCCAGCCGCUGCUCUGCCACCAUCCUGUCCAGCACCGGAGGUCAGCUUCCAUCCCCUCAUGAGCACAUGGGGGAGAGGGCUCUGUCCAUCCAGUCUUCUGAGAAGGUGACCAGCAUUUCACUACCCCCCACUCCUCCCUACCACACCCUGGAGUUCCAGCUGGAGGUGCUCUGCCACAUCCCCCCCGCGCCCCUCAAGCUCGACAGUGAACGUCUCACCAACGGCGAAGUCCGCCACCGGUCCAAGAGCCGGAGCCACGCCGACAGUGCCAUGAUCCACAUUGACCAAAAGGUCUCUAUCGACUGUCCUUGGUCCAUAUACUCUACGCUCAUAUCCCUGACGUUUUACGUCCCUUUCAAAGCCAAACACACACUACUCUCUGCAGGAAGAAGGAAGUACAUCCAGGUGUGUCUCCAGAAUGUGUCCGACAGCAACUUCCACUUGGCCGACCCGGUUCUCGUAGAGCGCCAGCCUACAACUACUGUGGAGCUGCUAUCACUUAACGCUAAAAGACAACAGCUGGUGUGCAGCCAGCAGUCUUUGUUCUGCCUGUGGGAGAUGCGUUGGGCCAAAGACCUGCCACCGUGCCUGCAGUGUGAGUUCUCCGCCAGCUUCGUACCCAUCUCAGCCUUGGACCCGCCCGCCGCGUUCAAAACCUACCGAUACGAGUUCCAGCUGGACCGGGUGUCUACGCUUUACAGUGUGAAGGCCGAGAUCUGCCCGGCGUCCGGCGACAAGCAUUGUCGCACCGGCACCCUCUGUGGCCUGGAGGUGUCCAUCACACGGCAGGCAGAGCCCAGCGAGACCGAAGGGGAAGAGGAAGAGUCUACAGAAAUAGAAGGACUGAAGACCACCAAGCUCAUGUAUGAAGUGGUGGAUAACAGUAGUAACUGGGCGGUGUGUGGUAAGAGCUCAGGGGUAGUGUCUAUGCCCGUGGCUCCCAGCGCCACACACAGGGUUCAGAUGGAGGUCAUGCCCCUGUUCGCCGGGCACCUGCCCUUCCCCAACAUCAAAGUGUUCAAGUACCUGCCCCACAGUGCCGCCCAGGUCAUUCAGCCUGACACAGAUAGUUGCUUAGAAAAUGACAACCUUUCCCUUCUGGACAAAGGUCUGGAUGACCAAGGCGACACGGCCAGCAUCCGUAGCCGAGGCAGUGUUCACUCGGUGGGCAGCGGGGAGCAGCAGCGGGAGCAACAGAGAGGUCUGCCCAUGCCCCGCCUGGAGCCCUUCAGUCCGGGGCAGGUGUUCAACUGGACCCAGGGGCGGCAGGUUCUGGUGUUGCCCGCCACCGACGACCACGUAAUGGAGGUUAACGUCACAUGACCCCUGUGGGCCAACCCCUCUGUCCCUCCGCUGCCGAGCCCGCACCACGAUUGGAACCUGGACCCUGACCUCUGUGGUUUAGGCCCUAACUGUGGUUCUGGGAACGGGAGGUUGCCCGGCUGCAGGGAACUGACUCUGGAUCUUCUCUCAGGACUCAUUGUUGGCUGACCCGCGGCCCCCGCGCCUGCCUGCAGAACGCACAAGCAGUCGUGCUUGAGAGCCUGAGAAAUCCAUCUCCUGUAUUUCUUUUGCCUCGAUCUAUUUCAGUCUUCACUGAUUCUCAUCUGACCCCCCCACCGCCCUACCCUCCCCACCAACCCGCUCAGACCAAUGGGUGAAGCUGUAAACCCAGCUCUUACGUCGGUUCUUGGUCUAUAGACACACAGUCAACCACUUACAGCUGUUUAGAGAACCCAACUAAUUUGAACCGGCCCUACGACUCAUAUCUGCUAGCUGGUGUUUUGGACAAGAAUGUAUGGUUGUGGUUGUGUUGAUUCAUGUGUGUGUCUGUCUGCGCAUGCCAUGACAGGUUUAUAAAAGAUGGCGGAAAGUGAGUUCAGUUGUGUGCGUGUGUGUGGAUGUUUCUUGGUAGCCGUAUCCUCUUUUCUUUGCUCCGGCCAUGGCGCCAUCCUCUGGCCACUUCAAUACGUACAUAUUAUUCAAGAGGAAUUACUGUACUGUGUCAAGGCUGAACCAAAAAACUUGUCUCCAGGGAUACUUAACCAUUUUUUUCUCAGACCAUGUGUGAGAGGCAUUUAACCCCAGUAUCUAGCAACUACGGUUUCAGUUCUGAAGGAGGAUAUAAUGUAUUUUGCCUUAUUUAAUUUUAUUCACUGAAAUGGACUCAUUCAAGUGUCAGGGAGACCUGGAGGAAAUCAAAGUGAGAUGAAAUGGCUUAUUUUCAGAUACUUUUUUUCGGGGGGGGGAGUUGCCGUCUGUUUGAAGUGUUUUACAGUUGCUGUCACAACUAUCAUGUGUUUUGCGGUCAGACGUCAUGUGGUUUGCUUCAGAGAUAGGCAACUCCAGUCCCCGCAGGGCCCGCUGCAGUGGCACCCUUAACCCAUAUCCCUGGCAAACACGGCUAAUUUAAAUUAAUGGCAGUGUAAACUAAAGAUUACGUUCUUUAUUGGACACUGGUGUAUUAGCUGAGGCUGGCAGGAAAGUGUAACACUAAUUAAACCCCCUGAAGGCUGGAGUUGGCCAAUCCCUGGUCUUCAGAAAUGCUGAGCCGGUACAUCCUUGCGUUCGGGAAAGAAACAACAAGGUGUCCGAGCUCUUUUGUUUCACUGACGUUCACUGUUGCUACGGCGACAAGUGUCAGGACCAGCAAGUCGCCCCCCCCCCCCCCCCCCCCCGUUGAUAACAUGGAACAUUGAGGCUUGUGUAAAUGCAAAGUUUGUUCGUUGACCUCUAUUUUUGUACUGUUUUCCUGCCGGGCCUGUUUCUGGCUGUUGGUCCGAGCCUGUAAGCUGAGUGGUUGGUAUCUACCGGAGGCCUAUGAGGGCUUUGGGCCUGAGGCCUAAGCACACCUUAUAGCGCACCCACCCAGCCAUAAUCCUGUCCGAUAUCCCUCCACUCCUAGCAGAAUCCCACCGAGCAAGUGUUCACGUCCAGGACCAAAAGCAAAAGGCGUUCCCUCUCCGUCUGACUGGGUUAAUGAGAGAGCCGCUCCUACUCAGAAUCCAUGUACAAAAGGGACAUGUAAGCAACACCGGCCUGUCUUUGGGACGCGACGGUGUAGUCUGGUGUUCCGGUAACUUAUUAACUAGUUGCGGGGAGAAAAACAUGUAUGAAAGAAGAAACAUGAAGACUAGUCGUUAUCUGUGCUUCUCAUGUACACAUCUUUUGUGUCCAACUCUGUAUUUAUGUUCUUUUUCUUUUUUUUUUUAAGUAAUAUUAUUUAACGGCAAAAGGCUGGAAGGGACGGUAGCAUCAGUCACUCUCACAGGAACAAAUAAUGACCUUGGAAUCUGCCCAGUGAUUAGUUUUUUCUUUCAAGGGUCAUGGGUCACUCAAAUCAGAUUUUCAUAUUUGUAUGUAAAUUAUUCCAUUGGAACUCAGCACCACGGAUUGUAUUAAUUAUUUAAACGUAAAUAAUAUGGAUGCAUUAUACAGUUAAAUAAAUAUACCUAUGUUUUAA